AUGCUGGGUGGGUUGUACGGAGACCUCCCUCCACCGUCUUCGGCGGAGGAAGAGAAACCCAGCAACACCACGGUGUGGUCGAGCAGCACCAAAAUGGCGCCGCAGACUCUCCGAAAACCCGCAUCCGUUUUCGCUCCACCGCAGACGAUUCUCAAGUCCCAAAACAAGCCCAAGCCGUCGAAUUUAGUCCAGCCCAAAAUUACAGCAUCACCGGUAAUUGCAACGUCGGUGAUACAAAACGACAUGGUGCAUACUGCCCUGGUGGGGGUCACGUCGACGGUGCUAGAGGAGUAUGAUCCGGCGAGGCCCAAUGACUACGAGGAGUACAAGAGGGAGAGGAAGAAGAAGGCAGUGGAGGCUGAGAUGAGGCGAGAACUCGAUAGGAGGCGGCAAGAGGAGGAGGAGAAGGAGAGGAGAGAGAGGGAGGAGAGAGAAAGAGAAAGGGAAAGGGAGAGGGAUUUUGGAGAUUCAAGGUUGAACAUUUCGGGUGAGGAAGCCUGGAGGAGGCGUGCGGCUAUGAGCGGCGGGGCAGUUCCAGCAAUGCCGGCAAUUCCAAGGUCUCCGUCUCCUCCGAAUAAUGGAGAUGGUUUUACCAUUGGGAAGUCGGAGAGUGGCGGGUUGGGGUUAGGGGCUGGCGGCCAAAUGACGGCGGCGCAGAGAAUGAUGGCGAAGAUGGGGUGGAAGCAGGGGCAAGGGCUUGGGAAGCAGGAGCAGGGGAUCACUACUCCCUUGAUGGCCAAGAAAACGGAUAGGAGAGCCGGGGUGAUUGUGAAUGCCAGUGAAACAAAGCUGGAGAAGAAGGCGAAGAGUGUCAGCCUUAAUGGGCCACCCACCAGGGUUUUGCUGCUUAGAAACAUGGUGGGCCCUGGCGAGGUGGAUGAUGAGUUAGAAGAUGAGGUAGCAUCCGAGUGUGCAAAGUACGGGACAGUGACCCGGGUGCUUAUAUUUGAGAUAACGGAGCCAAAUUUCCCGGUGGAUGAGGCAGUCAGAAUCUUUGUGCAGUUUGAGAGGUCUGAAGAAACGACUAAGGCAUUGGUUGACCUUGACGGUCGAUACUUUGGAGGUAGGGUAGUUCGCGCCUCGUUCUAUGAUGAGGAGAGGUUCGGCAACAACGAGCUGGCUCCAAUGCCAGGAGAAAUUCCCGGGUUCACUUGA